AUGAUCCAGUGCACGUUGGCGGAUGAUUUCAGCAGUAGCGAUAGAACAUUUCAACGAAUUAAACGUCAAUGGCGACCUCCAAUCGGAGGACGACCACCAGUCGGAGGACGACCACCAGUCGGAGGACGACCACCAGUCGGAGGACGACCACCAGUCGGAGGACGACCACCAGUCGGAGGACGACCACCAGUCGGAGGACGACCACCAGUCGGAGGACGACCACCAGUCGGAGGACGACCACCAGUCGGAGGACGACCACCAAUCGGAGGACGACCACCAAUCGGAGGAAGACCUCCAUUUGGAUGA